GAAUAAGGUUAUACGAUUACACCUUCCACAGAAAAUAUAAUGGAAAAGAGGGGAUUAUUACAACAACUAUAAAAGGAGGCAAUAAAUGUAACGGCGUACUCAGUCCACCAAAUACCAUCCACUGAAUCGAGGAUUUGAAGAGAUCGUAAUUAGAGAUUUCAAAAUCAGUUUUGAACUAAUUUUUGCGUUAUCCAUAAAACAUGAUGAAUACCAAUAAUAUUCAGCACGAUAUAAAAUCUAGUUCGAAAAACUUGGACGAAUAUGGACUUGUAAUGAUAUUUAAAGACGUAUUCGGAGUAAAUUCUCAAAAUAAAUUUCCAAAUAAUUUCGAUGCCUGGACCGUAAAAAAGCAAUGCGACUGGAUAAAAACAAACAUAGCAGAAUUCUUUCCAAACAUGCCGCAGUCUUUACACAGCGUUAUUCCAGCGUUCUUUUGCCAAUUAAAUGAUGACCGAACCUUGGAAAAGUUACCUGAAUGGAUGGAUAUGGAUAAAUAUCGCAGGGGACAAAAAUUUGUCCAGAAAAAUUACACCGCGAUAAUCUUAUCCAAAAUAAUGGGCCUGAUGUAUAUUUAUACAUUUCAAGGAGAACUAGGGCCAAUUAUUUUGGGAGAACAUAGCCAUACGCCGUAUUUAGGAUUCGGAAAGUACAUAGCGUCUGUAAAAUCGAUGUUCAGCUGGUAUGAUGGAGAACCGUGGAUUAAAGGAACAGAAGCAUAUAAAAAUAUGCAAGUAGUACGUGGUAAGCAUGUGGCGAUAAGGAGAAAGGUGCGUCAGAUGGAUAAUGAGCAAAUUGCUGCUGCGUGCACAUUCGCCAAUCCAUGGUGUCUAGAUCGUGAAUUGCUUCUGAAGGAUUUCGCUGCAAUUUCUUCACCUGAGAAAUUUGGACAGCGUCAUACAAUCCUCAACAAAUCACCAUACAAACCGAAAGGUAUAAAUAACGCCGACUUCUCAUUUGCUCAGUGCUGUUUCGUAGUUGCACCUUUGCUCUAUCCACAAAAUAUUGGAAUACACGACCCGACCGACGAAGACUUGGAGGCUUUCUGCUAUAUGUGGAAAUGUUAUGGAUAUUUUCUUGGAAUGGAAGAUGAGUACAACUUUUGCCGUGGCAGCCUCGAGAAAAUAAAACAACGAGUGAAUGACCUUUUCCAAUAUUGGGUCAUUCCAAAUUUUAAGGAAUUGUCACCAGAAUGGGAGCACAUAAUCAGAUGUCUUGUUGAGCACAUAAAUUACUGGCCUAUAAUAUUUUAUAUGCCUUUUAAAGUGAUGACAUUAAUCGCCACAGACACGUUAAAUCUAAAUAUGCCUAAUUUAUACGCUUCACUUAAUUACACAGAGUGGAUUCUUUAUAAGAUCUACAAAUUUCUGUUCUACGCAACUAAAUUUUCACCUAUAAGAGAUAUUAUUAAUAGUAUGAUACGCAAGGGCAUGAAUGAAGCAGCGGACUACAGUGCGGAGAAACUACAAGAAAUUCAUGAAAAGUCGAAGAAAACUGUACCCGAUUUUUCUAUUACGUAUUAAUGGUUUGUUGUAAGCCGUGACAUCAUCCGGAAAAAAUUCGGAAAUCAGCUUGCCCCAAUUUAGUAAUCGGCCUGAUUUUCGAACAACUUGACACUUCAAAAUUUUGACACAUUAAGGUGAUCCUAAAGCUGUCCGUAAUACCUACACUCGUUUUUAACAAUAUUUGCUUCGUAUAAAAAUUCUACAACUUGAUGUUACAAAAUGAGGGUGCAGGUCCAUUCAGUAGGCAUCAAGAAAUAUCAUACCGUUUGUAGAAUUAGGCUGAGACUCCAAACAAAAAAGUUAAACGAAAAGUACGAUAAUGUACUUACAUUACGUUCACGUAACGUUCACGUCACGGAACACUCGAGUGUAUAUACAUACGCUCACGUACAGAUUUGAUGUCCGUGGUAUCGGGCUGAAUUUUUUUUUAAUCAAUAAUGUAUCAUUAAAGGAAGGUAUUGAAUUUGGCUUGAUCGGUAAA